AUGAUGAACGACCAUGAUCAUCCUCAAUGGAAGGCUGAAGAUCUGGAGAGGAAAGUUAAAUCAUAUCUAGGCCCUAAAUACGAUUCUUUCAGAGAAACUGUUGAAGAAGUUGAGGGAAUAGUUGACAAGCUCGAAGCAAAGCUCUCUCUCUUUGCUCAGCCUGGAGCAGCAGCAACUCCGUCGAAGAAGGUCCAGGAUGCCUUUCGACUUGUGUUCAGGAAAAAGGAGUACCACGAACUUCUUGGAGAUUUGAAAGGUUAUAAUGCAGAAUUGAGAAGACUCCGAAAAAUAGCUGCCGAGAUACAAGACUCCACAAAUACGGCUCAUCUUACGAUACCAUACGUCUGUCUCAAAUCGCAGAAACCCCUAUUCGACUUUCUUGGUACCCCUGCCUAUCAAGUUAUAUCAGACAAAGACCGCAUUCAACUCGGAAUCACGCUGGUGAAGUCAAUGCUAAAAUAUCACUCGACGCUAUGGUGGCCUCAGGGGUUGACACUUAAUCAAGUAUACGUUUUCUGUGACGAAACCGAAGACCUGUCCUCGUCUCUUGAUACAGUACACCUUUCUACAGAGCUCAAAGCGAUCCCGUCCGCCGCAGAAGAUACCAGAGCAAAUAUUACCCCUCAAGGCGAACAGAACCACAUACCCAACUCCUUACCCUUAGAGUCAGUUCAAGAGGCUAUGGAGAACUACGGUAUAAGAAAUAUAACGUUAUACGCUCUGGGGGUAGCUCUUCUACAAAUUGGGCUUUGGGAGCGCAUUGCCUGGGAAGAUCAUGUACAAGUUCGCAGGAAAGCAGCGAGGCUUUCCUAUCUUGGGAAGAGGUUUAGGAAUGCGACCAAGAGACUGAUUGACUGCGACUUCGGCUUAGCCACCGAGCAGUUGGAGGAUCCAGGACUUCAGGACGCCAUCUUCAGCUGUGUUGUGGGCGACCUAGAAUCGUUAUAUCGCGACUUAACUAGCUCAAGGAUAGGAUGA